UCUGUCUUACAACAGAUACUUGGACUUCUAUACAAAGAAUAAACUAUAUGUGUCUUACUGCUCACUUUAUUGACAGAGAUUGGAAAUUGCAUAAAAGGAUAAUAAACUUUUGUCCUAUCUCUAGUCAUAAGGGUGAUGAUAUGGCAUCGGUAAUUACUAAUUGUUUGCUUGAUUGGGGGUUGGAAAAUGUAUUUACUAUAACUGUAGAUAAUGCUAGUUCCAAUGAUGUCACAGUAAGAGAAGUGUCUAAACAAUUGACUACCUGGGGAACUAAUAUAAUGAAUGGUAAACACCUGCAUGUUAGAUGUAUGGCUCACAUACUUAAUCUCAUUGUACAAGAUGGGUUGAAAGAAAUUGGUGUUUCUAUCAAGAGAGUUAGACAAGCUGUGAGAUACAUUAGACAAUCUCCCGCUAGGAUUAGAAAGUUUAAAGAAUGUUGUGAAUCUCAAAAGUUAACUUCUAAGAGAUCAUUAUGCUUAGACGUUUCAACUCGAUGGAACUCUACAUACAUGAUGUUAGACACAGCACAACAAUUUGAGCUUGCCUUUGACAAAUAUAGUUUCUUUGAUAUUGGAUUGUUGCAUCAUCUUCGUACCUAUGUUUGUGAAGAUGGAACUAGUGCAGGUGAUCUCACAAGUGUUGACUGGGAUAAUGUGAGAACAAUGGUAAAAUUUCUUGAAGCUUUUUAUUUGCUUACUUUGAGGGUUUCUGGUUCUAUUUAUGUCACUUCCAAUGUGCAUUUUGUUGAAAUUUGUGAGCUUGAUCUUAUAUUGAAAGAGUGGAUGGAACAUGAAGAUACUAGUUUGAAAGAAAUGGCAAAAAAAAUGAAAGAAAAAUUUGUCAAGUAUUGGGGUGAACCUGAAAAAAUGAACAAAAUGAUCUUUAUUGCAUCAAUUUUGGAUCCCCGUAACAAGCUUGAAUAUGUUCCUUUUGCAAUUGUGAGGAUGUUUGGAGAAAACAAAGGGAAAAAAUUGAUUUUAGAGGUGAAAAAUUAUAUGGAUUCUUUGUUUGAUUAUUAUGUUAAAAAAAAUUCAAUAGGAACAUCAUCUGCUUCAUCUGGAAACACAACAACUACUGUCAGUGGUUAUGGUAGCUUUUUAAAAAGAGGAACAAUGAGAACAAAAUUAGAAUUUGAGAAACAUAAGGAAGUGACCGGAGGUUUAGGUACUAAAUCAGAGUUAGAAAGAUAUCUUGCUGAAGAUCUUGAGCCUGAAACAGAUGACUUUAAAAUCUUAAAGUGGUGGAAAAUCAAUGAGCCUAGAUUUCCCAUUCUUGCGGAGAUGGCUCGUGAUGUAUUAGCCAUUCCUAUUUCAAGUGUUGCAUCUGAAUGUGCAUUCAGCACGGGAGGUCGCAUUCUUGACUCGUUCAGGAGUUCGUUGACGCCUAAACUGGUGCAAUCUCUUAUUUGUCUUCAAGAUUGGCUUAGAAGUGAACCUAUUCCUAUUAAAGUUGAGGAAGACUUGGAGUAUCUAGAACAACUAGAACUUGAUCUGGCUGAUAGUGCAAAAGAUUCAACUAUUAUUGACAUAUAGUUGCAACAUGUACCAUGUGUGGUAACUGGUUUGAUCAUGGCGCCUAGAUGGAAGUGAUGCUAUAGUAAAUAGACUUCACUUGUUUCAUGCUACUUAAUGUAAUUAUUUCUCUGGUUUUGAGACUUCAGCUGUUCAGCAGCAUGAAAACUUUCUAACUUUUGGAUUACUCUUUUGGUUAUGUAAUAUGCUUGUACUAAACAAUGGCAGCAAAGUAGCAUAGAUUCUAAGUUUUUUGUUCUCUCA